GCCCCAACACACACAGAAGAAGCAGCGGGAAGAUGGCGGCGCGCAUGGUGCUGAGAGCGGCACUGCAACAAACACGAUGUACGGUUCCUUUCUUCGCACAGUGUCAGAGGUCUAAAAGUUAUAUUCCAGAGACAUCGUUGUCCAGACCACCAUGGCCUGAACUUCCAUUAGUCAACAAAGAGGAAGAGCAAAAGCGACAUCAAGCGGUGGUACAAAAGGUCAACACCCUCAUUGAGAACAGAGAAUAUGGGCGGCUGUUUGCGGUCGUCCACUUCGCCAGCCGUCAGUGGAAAGUGACCAACGAAGAUCUGAUCCUGAUUGAAAACCACAUCGAGGCCGAGUGUGGAGACAGAAUAGUCCUGGAGAAGGUACUGCUGGUUGGAGGAGAAGAUUUCACGCUCAUCGGGAAGCCUCUUCUCAGCCGUGAUCUGGUCAGAGUCGAGGCUACGGUCAUAGAGAAGACAGAGUCCUGGCCGAUGGUCCACAUGAGGUUCUGGAAGAGGCACAGGUUUCAGAAGAAGAGAACUAUCAUACAGCCACAGACGGUGCUUCGGAUCAACAGCAUCGAGGUGUCUCCAAGAUUAACCUGACCUCCUCAUUUUUGUAAAUAACUGUAUCUGUGUCUCUCAUUUAGGGUAAAUGUUAGUGUAAUUAAAAUUUGACACCCGUCUCUGCAUUUAA